ACCGUUAAAGUACGACAACAAGGAGAAAUGAGAUAUGUAACGCUUGUCAUUCCCAAAAUACCACCCCAUCCUACCCCUUGGUUUCAUCAAUGGAAGAUUCGAUCGGGUCGUCCCAUCCUUCGUAGCGAGUUUGCUCGCUCUUGAGGUGACCGUUGAAAUGCGACAACGAGGAGACACGAGAAUAAUAAUGCCGGUCCGUGCCAAAUACCACCUCCAGGCUCGAUCUGCACGAAGCAAGUUUCAAAUUUUGCCCCUGGUUCACGCAGAUCGGUUCGGCUGUGACGAAGCUGAACGAGGACAAGAUUCUAGGUCGUCCUGGUGUAGCCACUACGGCUCGGCACAGGUUCGGCUUGGCUUUGGUGGUUCGAAUUUCCCCCGAGGCGAAAUUCAAAUAUCUUGUCGCCUGUCGUAUCCGGUUUCUAGCCGUUCCCCGCCAGGAUGCCCGCGACCUUCAAACUCAGCUCAAACCUUCCACUUUCUCAUCGAGAGAAGAAAUCGCUUCGCCUCGUUCGUCGAGAGUCAGUCGAGUCAGUCCAGGUCCUCGUCGCGUCCGGCCCGCCGCCCGCAGCAUUCACUCUGCAAACUGUAGAGCUCGCGAGUGGCGCUCAUCAAUCGUCUGCACUAGUUUUUGGACCAGUGUCGUUAACAGAUCCGUGGCUGAAAUGGCGGAAUACGUUGAUUACUCAUUGCUGCCCCGGAGAGAGUUGCAGGCGCUGUGCAAGUUGCACAAAAUUCCGGCCAAUAAGACGAAUGUGUUCAUGGCAGAGUCUCUGGACGCUCUCCUCAAUAACGCACCCAGGCAGCAGGAGGAAUUUCAGGAGGAGGAGAUUCCGGCCCCCGACAGCCCUGAGGUAGAGAAGGUUGUGGAGAAGGUGAAAGGCAGGCGAGCACCGAAGAAGGCAUUGCUGGCUGAGCCAGAGCUCGACUCGCUGGCUGGUCUCCUUGCUAAUAGUUCGUUGACCUGCAACUUUGAGCAAGAAGCAACCGAGCAAUCUGUAGUGCUCGACAGCACAUCGGAGGAGCAAGUACCAAAUGUGGAUGUGCAGCCGACAGCUUCGAUUGCCGUGCCCGUUAAAGGCAGACGGGGCCGUCCUCGCAUCACGAAGAAGGAAGAGCCUUCUAUUGAAGCUAAGAUUCCUCAAGUAGAUGACGACAUGCUCAUCGCCGAAACCGACAUUUCGAUCGCUGAGGUCGUCGAAGAAACUGUCCAGUCGACGUCCGAGGUCGUCCUAGAGGCGACCAACGCCGAGGCAGAUUGGCCCAAAACGUGGGCAGAAGCAGCACUGGCAGCGAGCCCAUUACCUGCUGAAGCUGUGGAAGUUAACGAGGAAUCCGUGGUUGAGGAGAUGCCUGUCAAAUAUAUCCGGAGAAAAAAUCUGGCCAGAAAGCAGGGGAAGAAAGCCAUUGCAGUCGUGGAGGAGAGCGUAGCCGAAGAAAGUGAUCCAGAACCGAUCGCCGUUCUUGCCGAAGCCGAGCCAGAGAUGUUAGAAGUGGCACCUGAGGCUGUUGCUGAGGAGACCGAGAAGACUUCUCCUCAGAAAGAGGUGAAGGCUAGGAAGCCCAAGAAAGCAGGCUCAAAGUCUCGCCGCAAUGCCGAGGUAGAGACGGUUGUGGCCGAGUCUUUGGAUGUUAUCAUGGACCAGGUCGUACCGGAGGUAACCUCGUAUCCCACGGAGGACAUUAUUGAAGAGUGCACCGGGGCGGUGGAAGAUGAAGAGGUAGGCACUUCAAUCUUGAAGCCAUGCUCCUUCAGCAUUUCUCCCUCCGUACUGAAGGAGAAGCCAAAGCCUCGUAAGACGAAGAAGGCCAGCACCAAGUCCCGGAAAAACGUUGAGGUUCCUCUCGUGGAAGACGUUUGUGAAAGCACCAAUGAAGAGCCUUCAGUAGUUGUCGAGAAGCAUGUACUCCGCGAUUUCGAGCAAACCGACACUAACAACAUGGAAGACCAGAUGGACCAAGUCGAGGAGCAGGUUACUCCAGUUAAGAAAGCAGGGGACUUGAAUUCCGGUGCAGAGGACAAGGAAAAUGGAAACGAUGCGUUACUCCAACUGAGCAUGAGGAAGUUGGUGAAGGUUUGCAGAGAGAAGGGACUUCGAACGAGAGGGACCAACACUCGCUCCAUCAAACUCUGAAGCAGAUAGUGUUAGUUUCCCAAUAGUAGCGUUGCCAAUGUUAUUAAUAUCAAGCUAUAUAAUGCAUACCUCUUGCAUUGCAAUAGCAUAGUGGACCGAGCGCAGAGAAGAUUGUAUGUUCCACGGUGUCGAAAGCCGAACUAGGACAGAUUCAAUCAUGGCGGUACUACAUCAGUACCUUGUUUGAUUAGUCAAUCUGUAAGUAGUACAUCAGGGUGUAUUACUCACGGCUGCAGACGUUUUGUUACCCAUGAAUUGUACAUUUUUGGGCUGUUGGAAAGGUUUCAGUUUAUGAUAUAAACAAACUUCUGUUAAAAUCAGUUUUGGCCGAAAGUUGUAAUUUGAAGUUAGGCCUUCUUUGCCUGUUAGUAUCGUUAUGGAAAACAGGCGAAGUAGAGGGCAAAAUUCGUCUCUUUUACAAAGCCAUAACGUAACAUAUCGUAACAAGCCUGAUGGCUUGUUACGAUAUGGCCGUCAAUUUGAU